GGAACAAGAACUUGUAACGCUCUUCCACUGCCAGAGACAGUUCUUGAAAUAGCUGUCACCACCUGCAUUAGACAUAAAGAGUACACAAGUUUCGCACUAAGUAUUUUCUUCGUUACUCGAGCUUUAGAGAGCCAAUAAAAUCAAGGUUGAUUAGGAACUCCUCGACUUCAAACCCCCAAGGGCAACAUCGUCAAGGACGACGUCCCUAGGGCAAUUUAAAUUUGGUACAUUCACUUUUUUUUUUCUGAGCUUCACUUCCUGAAACAUCUUUCCUUCAUCUUUCCUUCAUCUUCUUUCAUCUCAGUCUUGCCUAAAAGUCGAUCAACCACCCCACAGCCGUGAGCGAACCGUGAUAUCUCUAUCAUAGCUUUUAUUCAACUCGCAUCUUCUAUCCCUUGUUCUCUUUCCUUUCACCCAUAAAGCCAAAGUUACGAAGCCGAGAGCUUGUAGCCCAGCUUUUGAAGCCAUGGACGAAGACCCGCAGGCCGACCAGUCGUUCUUCCAAGAACUCCUCAACAACCCUGGACUCCUCCAUCCCGACGAGGCCCAGUUCGAUCUCACCGCGAACGACCCUACAGUGAUCCCUCAGCACUUCCUCGAGGCUCGGUGUUCGAAGCUCUACAUCGAGUUCCUGACGAAACUGAAUGAGAAAGAGCUUGAAUCAUUUGACACGGACGACGAGGUUACCACCCAUGCCUGCCUCAAGGUCGACUUCGCUGCACCCGUCGGCAAGUACAUGGGCUUCAAAGCAACCAUGGAUCUCGAGCUAGCAGGGCUACAUCCGAGAGAUGGUAUACUGAUCACUAAGCUCCUUCCAUUUUUCGGAACGAGCAGGUCAUCCAUUCGCAGCUUUGGCUUCCCCCUACUAGGUUCCGUGACCAUGCUGCAGAUUGUGGAGACCAUGACUAGUGAAAGCCUAGAGUAUUUCCGCUUCAACUUCAACCCUAAGGGCAACUUCUGCGGAUGUCGAGACUUUGUGUAAGUUCAACUUUCUGCUUUGUACAGCGUCACUACCUAGGUAGGUAGGUAGCUUUCGAUCUUUGCUAACUGUCACUCUUUCCCAGCGUCCAAGCUAUCUACCUGUUGCAGGCUUGCGGCUAUAUCGUCCCCGAAGUCGAGACCGUUUACCCGGAAGAGCCCCGGAUUCAUGAUGGCUUGACUGCCUACGAUGUUCUGGGUAUGGGAUACAGCCACGGAGGCAAGCCUCUUGAAAGUCCUAUUCACAAAGGCGAAUUCAUCCUAUACGAACGAGUUGUGGAGCCCUACAUGAAAUAUCGGGAAGAAGAUGAUGGUGAAGAAGAAGAAGACUGACUAAAUGCCAAUAUCUCUUUCUUUUCCCCUGGCAGGGGGAGUUUCUUUGCGGUGGUCUUUAUACGGAGUCUCAGUGAUACCCAAAGGCGUUAAAUCGGGACAGAAAAAAAAAAGAAGAAAAAAAAGAGAACGGCCUGUGCAGAAGAAGAGUGCGUUGAUUUACGAAAACUUAUGUAAACAAAAAGAGAAAACGUCAGAAGAGUGGUUAAAGACGGACUCGAAUGACUAUCG